CGGCCCUCGCCAGCCCCGCUCCGGCAGCGCCGGGCGGGGAACGGGAGCACUGCCUGCCGCCAGCGGGCCCUGAGCCCGGCCCCGGCUGGGAAACCAAUCACACAGCGGGCCCUCUGCCGCCACAGAACGACCUCCUUUUAAUUAACUCCCGCAGGGACGUCGCCCGGCCCUGCCCGGCCCGGCCCGGCCCCCGCGCCGGGCCCAGGGCGGGGCGGGCGCUGCCGCCGCGCGGGGCCGUGGGUGGGGCGCGGCCGCCUCCGCCGCGGGGCCUGCGGGCGGUCGGUCCCGCCAUGGGGCAGUGCCUGCCCUGCCUGGGGGGCGCCGCCAAGGACGCGGUGGAGACGCCCGACCCGGAAAUAAAAAGAAGACAGCUGGCAGAAGCUGCUGAAAAGAGGCAGAUGGAGGCUUCCUCUCGAGGUAUUAAGAAUGCUUACUCUGUAGAGCAGAAGAAAAAGAAACAGGAAGAAAUAGAAAAAAGAAUGGCAGCUUCACGUCCUGGAGGAGAAGGAGGGCUGAGAUGGCAGGUGGGAUAACACGUGGCUUCCGAAGAGAAGAGGACUUUUAUUGCCCAUAACUUGCCAGUUUCUGCAGCCAAGUGGCACCUGCUCAUAAUGUGGCUUUUGCUGUUUCCAUAUGAAGACUCAGCAGUACUUUGCCAUUGUGGGACAACGUGUGGAAACAUUCACUAAAAAUCUUAAGAACUAACUCUGAACACUAAGGUUUUGCCAAGUUUGUUUGUUUGUUUGUUUGUGCAUGUUUUAUUGCUUCCCUGUCAAAGGAGUGAGAUGGGUUUUCUCACCUGGAAGUGGCCUCCUUGCCUGCAGUCGGUCAGUAUGUGUGUGCUGUCUGGUCAGUUGAUGUCUGUCUGUCUGUCUGCAUAUGACUGGCCUAGGCACAGCUCAGGUUCCCACGUGUUGGUUUUGAUGCUUAUUUCAAGCUCUUCAAUAAGCUCUAAGUCCUCAUGUAGAAAGUUGUUCAUAAAUAUAUAUAUAUAUUUGAAUAUGCAGGUGACAGCAUUUCUCUUUCGUUUCCUAAUGACUUUUGAAAUGCUUAGGAAUUUAGUGCCUUUUUCAAAACAAAGAAAAGCAGGUUCAUGCUGAGUCCUUACAAAUAGCAUCAUUUUGUUACCAGUUAAAAAAAUAGAAACCUUUACAGAUCCUGUAUACAUAGAUCAAGAACGCUGUUUUAUUAUGAGUCUAAUUAUUGUUCUCCUCAUUUUUCUGAUGUGAAUUUGAGUCUGUAAGUAUUUAUAAUGAAUUGUGGAAGUUAAACAUUAAAAAUCUUAUUAUUAAUUGUU